UGGCUCCAUCUCUUCCAAGACAACGUCUCAAACCAAUCUUACUCUACGUCUAAAGAUCUCCUGAAUAAACCAUGGCGUCCUGUGCCAUCCAUCCGGGCGCAUCAGCAUCGAGGAUUCUCGACCUUGCGCUGGGGAUUGAUGGUUUUCUGCUUGGGGUAUUCAUCCCUGUUCAGCUCAAACGUGACUAUAACUACUGCAGUUUUCACUGUGCUUGUGAUCAUACCCGACAAUUUUAGUCUUAGCGGCCGUGCCAUUGGUAAGAAUUUGUUUAACGCAGGCGCUUAUGUGUCCUUUGAACUUGGUGUUACGUUGAUU